AUGGCACGCGCGAUCGCCAAGCCGAUGGGUGACGCGCCGGCGUGCGGCUACCUCGUCGAAGCCGUCGACGCACCAGCCCGGCCCACGUUCCUUGUGACGAGCCACGGCACGCUCCAGGACAUGUCCAGCCGCCUCACGCAGACGCUACCAACGCUGCCAUGGCUUCGUCUCUUACUCUUGCACAAAUCGACUGGCGACGACAUUGCUCGGUUGGUCGACGUCUUGCCGAGGUGCCAGCGACUGAGCCAUCUCGUGCUCUCAGGACCCGGUCUCACGCCGACGGUGGUCGCGGCCCUCCUGCGACGGCUGCCACAGUGUCCUUCCCUCCGAUGGCUCGGCCUUCAGAACCCUACCUGCACGAGUAGCGAGCUGAUGGCAAUGGAUGGCUGGCGGCACUGUUUACGCCGCCUCGAGCACAUGGAGCUAUCGUCGAGCCAGUGGAGCCUUCAAGACAAGGCGGUCGUGCUGAACGACGCGCAGCGCCACAUGAAGGCAGCAACCGUCGUGAUCCACGUAUCGCCGCCUACGAGUCGCUGGGGACUCGACCGACUCUUUCCAUAGCUGUCGCGGGCUAUGUCGCUGUAUGUGGUAGAGAUUUGGCUCGUUGU